AAGAGGUGUAUUGAUUUUCAUUUGAAGGGUUUAAAUUUUAAAAAGAUUUUCAGGCAUGCUGAAUCUGACACCUGUCUGUAUCCGUUGCCAGCCUAUCUUUGGACUUUCCCUUCGCUUGUGUAGCUCAAAGACAGGAAGUCACUACAAAGAUGUUCACCUGCCUGAUUAUAAUACGUCUGUGGACAUUAACAGUCAUCGUCUGACACGCCCACAAAAGCCUCCCCCCACACCGAAAUGGGAGGGACUCCAGGCCCUGGCAGAAAGAACCAAGGGUUCACUAAUACCAGAGACAUUGAAGGCCAUGGAUGAGGAUGAAGACUUCAAAUUGACAGCCGCAAAAAUCAAAGAAAUGGGGACCAAGAAAAUGACGAGAGAGGAGAGAAAGCGCAGACAGAGAGCUCUGACUGAUUUAAAUGUUCCAGACUUUGAGACAUUCUGGAAACUGAAGAGGGCAGAAAAUGGGGCACAAGGAGCAGACAAGGAGGAUGCAUUAAUUAAAAAGACCAUAGAGAUCCUGCAGGCCAACAUAGGACUGUAUUGUAACCAGGCCUGUAACCACUGUCAUGUGGAGUCCUCACCACGCCGCAAAGAAAUGAUGAGCCGCGAAGUCGCAGAUAGAUGUCUGGACAUCCUAAAGAAUAGUCCCUCAAUCCACACCCUAGAUCUCACAGGAGGUGCCCCCGAGCUGUUAGAUGAGUUUAGAUACCUGGUUAGAGGGGGUCGAGAACUGGGGAAGAAUAUUAUAGUAAGGAGUAACCUCACUGUACACACAGAACCUGGUCAGGAGGACACAGCAGAGUUUAUGAGGGACCACCAGGUGAACAUUGUAGCCUCCCUGCCCUGCUACACAGCAAAGAAUGUCAACCAACAGCGGGGGAAGGGGGUGUUUGAUCGGAGCAUACAGGCCCUGAUCAAGUUCAACUCCCUGGGGUACGGAGAGGAGGGCUCAGACCUAAAACUGGACCUGGUCUAUAAUCCUCUCGGUGCCUUUCUGCCCCCACCCCAGGGACCCCUGGAGGACAAGUACCGCCAAGAACUAAUGGAGUUCUUUGGAAUCAGGUUUAACCAGCUCUUCACAAUUACCAACAUGCCAGUCAAACGUUUUGCAGACUUCCUCUAUCGAAGGUAAAUAUGAAACUUCUUUUUGUAUUGAGGGUAAAAGAAU